AAAAAACCCUCGAAACUUGAAUCUCGCGCUCACUUCCGGCGCGGACGUGGCCGAUUUUUCCGCUGAACCGACGAAAAAAAAGUCGAUAGAGAAGGCUUCAACACACUUAAUUUGCACGUUGUUGGCAGUAUUUGGCCGUAUUCAGCGAGAAAAAUCGAUAAUCAUGGGAGAUUACGAGAACGUUUUAAUGGUAAAACCCAAGGUUUUCGUGUAUCGCAUCCCGCCGAUCGGAACCAGCGGUCAUAAAGCCGCCGACUGGAACCUCGACAGCCCGGCUUGGACGGGACGAAUGCGGCUUGUCGCCAUCGGAAAACGUCUGGAAAUGCGUUUAGAAGACGGAGAAACCUGUAAUUUUCCCUCGGAAAAUCAAUAAAAUCAAUCAAAUCAAUAAAAACCCCGAAAUUUUUCAUUUUUCAGGCGAUUUAUACGCGAAAUGCCCGAUCGAUGCGCACCCUGGCAACGCAAUUGAGGCGGUUUCCGAUAGUUCUCGAUAUUUUGUGAUUCGUUUGCAGAACGACAAUGGACAGCAGGCAUUCGUGGGAUGCGGGUUUCAGGAGAGAGGAGAUGCUUUUGACUUUAAUGUCACACUUCAAGAUCACUUUCGUUAUAUCGAACGAAGCGCCGAACUGGAAAAACAGGAUCUUUCUGCCGGUCCAAGCUUGGAUUUAGCAUUUAAAGAGGGACAAACCAUCUCAAUUAACAUUGGAAAAAAGGAUAAAAGUGCAGUUUCCCGCCCUCGUCCGGCUCCUGGAGCAUCUACUGGAGGCCUAGUGCCACUGCUUCCACCGCCGCCAGGUGCCGGCUCAAUGAUCAGAAACUCUCGUCCUUCCACCACCACCACUACGGCUUCAUCUUCUCUGUCUUCUGCUUUUGCUGCUCCACCGCCGGCUCCGAGCUCUUCGACGAGCACAACGGCGACGUCUGGCAAUUUAUUAGAUUUCUAAGCGAUGACGUCAUCUUUCUUCUCCGUACAACUGUCUGCGUCUCUUCACUUCUCUCUCUCCACCUUUUCUCUACGCUUUCCAUCGCUAAUUUAUUGAAAUUUCCUGUCCCAUUUCAUUUUUUUUUCGAAUUUUUUUUUAAUUGUUAAUAGCUUCUGUGAUUUUUCCCUGCUUUUUUCUGAUUUUUUCCGUCAAAAAUGGACAAUUUUCAGUCA